CUCGCAGCCGCUUAGGUGACUCUGGCUCCCGGCGAGAUCCCCGAGCCCCGGCGGCUGGUGCUGGGAGCCCGGAGCCCGGGCUGCAGCCGGGAGAGGGGAAUCUCCAGCAGGGCCCUUCCCGCUGCUCCCCAGGAGCCUCUCCCAGGGCAGAGCCCCCAGCCCGGCCAGGCCCCUUCCCGGCCCGGCCCCUGCCCCAGGGGGCCCCGCUCGGAGGGAAGGCUGAGGAUCGCGUCCACAUUUUGCUUCAGAUCGUCCCGUCUUCCAGGAGACAGGGCAGGGUAAUGGCUGUGCUGGAGCCAACUCAGAUGCCGGUGACUUUCGAGGAGGUGGCUGUGUAUUUCACCCAGGGGCAGGGGGCUCUUCUGGACCCCGCUCAGAGAGCCCUCUACAGGGACGUCAUGCGGGAGAACUACGAGAUGGUGACCUCGCUGGGAUUCCCCAUUCCCAAACCUGACCUGAUCACCCGGCUGGAACAAGGGGAAGAGCCGUGGGUGUCCAAUUUCCAGGCCUGUGAGGAAAGAGAGAUCCUGAGAGGCGCCCACACAGGUGACGAGACAGUGAGUGAGAACGAGGAGGUGAAUCAACAGCAGGAUGUUCCUGGGUCUGGGGAAUCACAGGGGACCUUUGUGAGAAGAGCUGAAGGGAAUUUUCCCCAGUGCUUGGAACAGGGAGAAGCCUGGGGAAAUUGGCAGAGGUCAGAGAGGCUGCCGGGAAUCCACUCAAAGGAGCAAAUGGAUGAAUCUGUUAUAUAUGUGGAAGGACACAGGAAUCCCGCAGCCAGGAAGACAACCCCCAAGGAAGACAAACUCGAUAAAUACCUUGGUUCUGUUACGGUUCAAGCAAUAAAUACUGGAGAGAAAACACUUCAGUGGUUGGACUGUGGGGAACACUUCAAUAAGGGCUCAGAUCUUGCUAACCAUGGGAGAAGCCACCCGGGAGAGAGACCCUCUCAGUACCUUGAGGGCAGCAAUUGUUUGAUUUGGAAGUCAGCGCUGAUUAGACAUCAGAAAAUCCACACAGGGGACAGACCACAUAAGUGCUUAGACUGUGGGAAAAGUUUCACAUGGAGAUCAGCCCUUGUUAGACAUCAGGCAAUCCACACCGAAGAGAGACCCCAUAAGUGCUUGGACUGUGGGAAAAGUUUCAUACAGAGGUCAAACCUUGUUAAUCAUCAGGCAAUCCACACAGGAGAGAGACCCCAUAAGUGCUUGGACUGUGGGAAAAGUUUCAUACAGAGGUCAAACCUUGUUAAUCAUCAGGCAAUCCACACAGGAGAGAGACCCCAUAAGUGCUUGGACUGUGGGAAAAGUUUCAUACAGAGGUCAAACCUUGUUAAUCAUCAGGCAAUCCACACAGGAGAGAGACCCCACAAGUGCUUAGACUGUGGGAAAAGUUUCAGACACAGGUCAACCCUUCUUAAACAUCAGGCCAUCCACACAGGAGAGAAAUCCCAUAAGUGUUUGGACUGUGGGAAAAGUUUCACACAAAGAUCAUAUCUUAUGGCACAUCAGAGAAUACACAGUGGAGACAGACCCCAUAAGUGCUUAGACUGUGGGAAAAAUUUCAUGCGGAGGUCAGCCCUCGUCCAACAUCAGAUAAUCCACACAGGAGAGAAAUCCCAUAAGUGUUUGGACUGUGGGAAAAGUUUCAUGAAAAGAUCAAAUCUUACGGAACAUCAGAGAAUACACACCGGAGACAGACCCCAUAGGUGCUUAGACUGUGGAAAAAGUUUCAAACAGAGGUCAGGCCUUAUCCAUCAUCAGGCAAUCCACACUGGAGAGAGACCCCAUAAGUGCUUAGACUGUGGGAAAAGUUUCAUAUGGAGGUCAAACCUUCUCAUACAUCAAACAAUCCACACUGGAGAGAGACCCCACAAGUGCUUAGACUGUGGGAAAAGUUUCAAACACAGGUCAGGCCUUGUCAAACAUCAGACAAUCCACACUGGAGAGAGACCCCAUAAGUGCUUAGACUGUGGGAAAAGUUUCAGACACAGGUCAACCCUUCUUAAACAUCAGGCCAUCCACACAGGAGAGAAAUCCCGUAAGUGUUUGGACUGUGGGGAAAGUUUCACACAAAGAUAAAAUCUUAUGGCACAUCAGAGAAUACACACUGGAGAGAGACCCCAUAAGUGCUUAGACUGUGGGAAAAGUUUCAUACGGAGGUCAAACCUUCUCGUAGAUCAUACAAUCCACACUGGAGAGAGAACCCACAAGUGCUUAGACUGUGGGAAAAGUUUCAGACACAGGUCAACCCUUCUUAAAUAUCAGGCCAUCCACACAGGAGAGAAAUCCCAUAAGUGUUUGGACUGUGGGGAAAGUUUCACACAAAGAUCAAAUCUUAUGGCACAUCAGAGAAUACACACCGGAGACAGACCCCACAAGUGCUUAUAUUGUGGAAAAAGUUUCAUAUGGAGGUCUGACCUUGUUAAACAUCAAGCAAUCCAUACAAGUGGUAGACCAUAAGUGCUUGGACUCUGGGAAAGGUUUCAGAAUCAGAUCAGCCCUUCUAAACAUCAGGCAAUCCACACACGGGAGAGACCCCCAUAAGUGCUUAGACUAUGGAAAAAUGUUUCAAAUAGAUGUCAUUCUUUUUUUUUUUACAUCAGAGAAUCCACACAGAGGAGAGACCCCAUAAGUGUUUGGACCAUGUGAAAAGUUUCACCCAAAGAUCAAAUCUUAUAACAUUCAGAGGAUCCACACAGGAGAGAGAUCCCAUUAGUAAUCAGACUGGAAAAAGAUUCAUAUGGAAGUCAGCCCUUAUUAAACAUCAGGCAAUCCACACUGGAGAGAGACCCCAUAAGUGCUUAGACUGUGGGAAACAUUGCAGAAAUUGAUCAGUCCUUGUUUUACAUGAGAGAAUCAGGAAGACUCCAUAAGUGCUUGGACUGUGGCAAAAGUUGUACACAGAGAUCACACCUCAUUAAACAUUGGAGAAUUCACACACGAUCUAAACUUCUGUGGCACCAGGCCCGAAAGAGUUAAGAACGUUGCCAGCUAAUUGACCCAGCUUCAACCUUUAGAGACAUGUUAGAAAAGUGUAUAAAUGGUGUCUGGGGCCAUUCCAAGUAAUAUAGACUAGAACUUUGAAAUGUAACCUGGUAUUGUUAAGAAAUUGGAAGAAGAUAGUAGUGCUGUUCAUUAAUUGCAGUUAACUUGCGUGAUUAACUCAAAAAAAAUCAUUGUGGUUAGAAAAAUUAAUCUCGAUGAAUCACAUUGUUAAACAAUGGAAUACCAAUUGGAAUUUGUUAAAUGUUUCUGGAUGUUUUUCUACGUUUUCAUAUCUAUUGAUUUCCAUCACAACAAAGAAGAGAGAGUGUACAGUGCUCACUUUGUAUUAUUUUUAUUACAAAUAUUUGUACUGUAAACAUGCAAAACAGAAGUAGUAUUUUUCAAUUCACCUCAUACAGGUACUGUAGUGCAAUCUCUUUAUCAGGAAAGUGUAAUUUAAAAACAUAGAUUUUAUUUCUAUAAGUGCACUCAAAAAUAAAGCAAUUAAAAACUUUAGA